GUCAGCUGAUCCUCUCAUUUCAUCUCUGACACCAUCCUCUGCUGUCUUUUGCUCUUUCUCUCUCUCCUGCCAGCUGUCCAUCCUUCAGACAUCACCAGUCUUUUUUUCUGCCUCUUCUCUUUCCCACAGCUCCUCUCUCUUUCUGUUGAUUUCCCCAUCAUCACUUUCUGUCUCUGGAUCUGGGGCGAGAUAUGAAGCGGCACCAUGGGUUUCAUGGAAUUCUACCUGGAGAUUGACCCCGUCACCCUCAACCUCAUCAUCCUUGUUGCCAGCUAUGUCAUCCUGCUCCUGGUCUUCCUCAUCUCCUGCAUCCUGUACGACUGCCGGGGCAAAGACCCCACCAAGGAGUACGCCCCUGACAACACACCGGCGCCGCCCAGCCAGUCGCCCAUACGCCUGGUGGUCAUGCAGAACUCGCCCGCCUCGUCUCGCUACGAGCCCAACAACACGGCUGGACACGGAGAGCUGCCGACGCCAGACCUGAGCCGGGACAGAGGAGAGAGGGAGCGGGAAAGAGAGAGGGAGAGGGAGAAGAGGAGUACUCUGGUCUGAGGAGGAGGAGGAGGAGGAGGAAGAUGGACAACCAUGAAGUGCUGUUGUAUCACUUUGUUCAAUGUUUUUAGUCCUGGACUCUUUAUUUUUACUUUUUAACAUCCCAGAUUGAAGAGCUGCUGAGCAGAUCAGCAGGAGGUUUUUCCAGGGACUUGGCCACACCUGCUGAAAAACUCCCAGAAGCCCCUUCAGUUCCAUCAGCCAGUAGACAGCCUGCAUGUUCAGCCUGAACCCUCAGAGGGACUCGAUCACAUUGCACCAAGAGACUGCUGAGGACCAGAGGACAUCCUUCACUGAUCGAUUUAUUGAUUGGUUUGUUUGAGUGUCCUGCACCAGAUGUUGUCCAGCCCAUAUGGGCUUACAAGACACAAGACAACAACAAGUCUGACUUCAACCUGCUCACUGAGGUAGAAUUAUCUGCUCUGACACUGGAGAUAUUUAGACUUUGACUCUGCCUCAUCAGGACCUGCGUGUUACCUGCAGAAACACUAACACAGGCCACAAUGUGUCUGAGACCUGAGAUAACUGGGACUGAGGUGUUACUGGAUAGUGGUGCCAGUGGAUCAGAUGAUGGAUACAACACAGAGCAAUAAUAUUACUCUGUUAAAGAAAGACAGAUGUUGUGGUCAGUAACAACAGCUGGAACUAUCACAGACAGCUGUCUGAUCAAAGGUAUUCUCAUGAUUUCACAGAUACUGGGCCAUAUUUAAACAACCUACAGCUCAUAAUCUAAAGUGCAGUUAGGGUGUUACUCAUUAAACGCUGCAUAAUCUGGAUGCAAAGUUUGGCUCAAGGGGCGAAGGGGUUGUAUUUAGUCUCUUUAUUAAUCAGAGGUGUGUUUUGGACAUGACAUGAAUUCACAAAUCACCUCCCGUUACUUUUAAUAUGGUGCAUUUACAUGGCAGAUUCAGUGAAUUGGAGAAGCAAGCGAUUUUCUGUUGAGAGCAAUGCAGUCAGAGCAGUGAUGUCACUGUGGCAGAUAUUGUGGGACAUUUAAGCAGCUAAGCUAAAAACUGCAGUUAACUUUUAACUUGUGAAAUGAUCAGUGAAGUUACACUGCUUCUUCUUCUCGUCUGUAAUUGCACACAUGGGGAGUCAAACAGCAGCUCCGCAGCUCUGCUCUGAUCUCUGCUACGUUUACAUUUUACAAAAUGUGUCCCUGUGUGUGUAACGAGCAUACAUGUGUUGUGAACUUGCCUAUUUAGGUACAUCUCACUAUCUGACUAAUGCACCCAGUAAGUUUUUGUUGGUUAAUGCAUCAGUUGCUUUUUGCUGCCUCUAAUUAGCAACAUGCCAACAAUGCACCUGCCCACACCUCAUUUUAAGACCCACAUACGAAUGGGCACACAGAUGGGCACAAGUACAUUUGCUUCUUACACAACCUGACUGUGAAAUGACGACUGCAUCUGUCUGAAACUAGCAGCGACAGUUGUGCUACGCUACUUUGUCUUCCUGCAAAACCAACUGCCGCUCUGCACCGCUCUUCUCCUUCGUCACUGGAUAUCUGUUAAGUCCACUGUGCUAGCUGUGGCAGGUUGGAGCAGUGAGUGGAAAUAAUGGGUCUAAAUUCUGGAAGUAACCAGUUACUGUUAUGACAACACCUGACCCUGAACCCCAGGGGCCGGUAAAGCCCCAGCUUCACCUUGUGUCAUUCUGUUUCUGGAAAUUUGAUUAACUGAAAGCUUGUCAGGGAUUUUUUUCAUGAAAAGGUCCUCAAAAUCUAACACCUGUAUAAUUUAAAUUUUCAUUCAUUCAUUCAAUCAUUUGUUUUCUGCAACUGCUUAUUCUGUUAGGGGUCGUGGGGGAGAGUCACUAAUUAACCUACAUGUCUUUGGACUGUGGGAGGAAGCUGGAGCAACUGGAGGAAACCCACGCUGACACGGGGAGAGCAUGCAAACUCCACACAAAAGGGCUCCUCCACCCCAGGGUUCAGACCCCCACCUUGGGUUUGAACCAGGAACUCUCUUGCUGUGAGGUGACAAUGCUAACCACUGCAGCACCAUGCCGCCAAUUUAAGUUUUCAUUUCUGAAUAAAUGUGUUUUCAUCGAAUUACACAAAUAAAUAGACACACAAACAACC